AUGGAUGCCCCGUCCUUACCUUUCAAGAGUCGAGUGCUCGAAUCGCGAGAUAAUGACCGCGAUGCGGAUCGCAAGCCAACCCCUGCCGCUCUACUUCCAGCGUCCUAUCGCUCGAAGCGCGAUCAUAUAAUCGUCCCACACGCGGAAUCGGACUUCCUCUCGCAAGAUCUCCUCGUCGACAGAUUAAAUAAUAUCCAGGACUGGCUCUGGAUCUGCGGGCGGCCGAUGCCCCCGCGACCAAUACGUGAGUCCCCGACGCGUCCCCAUUUCAAAACUCUCAUAUGCCCACUGCUGUCUCCGAGCUGUACUAGAAAUCACCAGAUCCUCAUCUCGCGAGACAUCACCGUUACCGAAAACCCGGAGCUCCACCUCGUGUGGGCGAAGAACCGCAUCUUCCUGAAGCCCAUCCCGCCCUACCUCCUAGACCCGAAUUUCUGGGCGGCCCACAUCGUCCGCGACCGCAAGCUGGCCGAGUGCGCGCGGGGCUUCCUGUUCUCGUAUACGGCGCUCGUCGCAUACCCGAGCGACUUCGCCAUCGCCAGGGAGAAGGGCCUGCUGCCCGAGGAGGUCACCUGGGCGGCGUGGCAGGAGUUCGUCGGCGAGAUGCUGCAGGGCCACUGCUACGCGUCGAUCAACCCGCGGUACUGGUACGGCGAGCUGCGGCUGAGCCGGCUGAACCUGGUCUACCGGCUGGGGAUGGGGUCGGCGCUGCGGGGGUACUCGCGGGUGGCGGCGCACAUGGUGUACGCGGACCUGCUGCGGGACAACUUCGCGGCGCUGGCGACGGUGCUGGGGUACGUGGUGAUCGUGCUGACGGCGAUGCAGGUGGGGCUCGGCGUCGAGCGGCUGCAGGCGGACGAGGCGUUCCAGAACGCGAGCUACGGCUUCACCGUGUUCUCCAUCAUCGCGCCGCUCGUCGCCGGCGCCUGCAUCUUCGUCGGCGUCCUCGCCAUAUUCGCGAGCAACUGGGUCGCCACCAAGCACUACGAGGCCCGGCGCUUCCGCGAGAUGGGCGUCGAGCCCUUCUGGAGGGCGGCGACGUCGCCGGCGCCGGCGCCGGGAGAGGGCGCGACGGCGAUGCUGGCGGGGAAGAGCACGAGGGUGGAGUCAACCGGCCCGAGUGCGUGA